AUGGAUCUCCGCUGUGGUGUGCGGUCCAGUCUUUCCUCGGGGAUGAUUGCGUAUGGUUUUUGUCCAGUUGUGGAUGACCUCCAGACGUUUCGUCUCAGUGGCAUGGACCCACCGCUCCCGGGUCUUAGGGCGGGAGAGGGUGAUCUUUUUUUGCUAUACGGCCAGAGAUCAGCAGAAAACCGAACAUCAGAUCUUUCCAACGCGGUGUUUCUCGCUAAAGCAUCCGAUAUAUGUAGUGACGGGGAGUGGGCCGUCGUCAGCCUCCUCCUGUUUCGGUUUUCCCCGACGCAGGGUUGGCGCACCUACGCUGAAAAGACGUCAUACCCAACAGGUUCAGGGUUUGAGCCGACCUGCGACAGUCACGAUAAAUGCCUCUACGCCCACCGGGAGUUUAUGUAUCGGUUCAUCCGGUAA